CUGUCGACUGAAUCUCUCUCUCUCUCUCUUUUUUUUUUUUUUUUUUUUUUUUUGGUGCGUAUCGACUGAAUCUCUGAUGCCUAUCUACCCGCUCCUAUUAUUUCGCACGCAGCCGCAGCCCACUUCCUUCUUUCCGGAGAAUCCACUAUACCAUAGGACUCUCCUCCCUUCUCCUAUACUUUUGUGCAUACAUUUUGCACACUGUUUUUUAAAUUUCUUUUCUCAUAUACUAACUUAAAAGAGUGAAUUCAGCAUUUGAUACUUGCCCAUUUACACAAGAAAAAAAAAAAAAAAGGUAUCACAAAGACGACGACAUCUUUUGGAUUGAAACAUUUGGAAGCUGAAGAAGUGGAAUGGGAUUUGUUUCUGAUUGGCAAAAGAGUGGCGGUUGUGAAAGAGGGUAUUUUUCUGGGGGGUUGAGAAGCCUUGUGAGGAGGAAGCAGGUUGAUUCUGCCGCUGCUGCUUCUUCUGCUCAUUCAAAUCCAUCAUCAUCCUCUUCUCCUUCUUCUAUUUCUUCUUCCGGGCAUGGUAGAGUGCAUCAUCAUCAGUUGGCUAAGGCAUUGACCAUCCCUCACCUAAUUGCCAUAGGUGUUGGUUCCACAGUUGGUGCUGGGGUUUAUAUUCUAGUUGGCAGUGUUGCCAGAGAGCAUACAGGUCCAGCCCUCACCCUUUCCUUUUUGAUAGCUGGGAUAGCAGCUGCUCUCUCUGCCUUCUGCUAUGCUGAGCUUGCAAGCCGUUGCCCUUCAGCCGGGAGUGCCUAUCAUUAUUCCUACAUAUGUGUUGGAGAAGGAGUUGCUUGGUUGAUUGGAUGGGCAUUGAUACUGGAAUACACAAUUGGAGGUUCUGCAGUAGCACGCGGCAUAUCUCCAAAUCUGGCUUUGCUCUUUGGAGGUCAGGACAGUCUCCCAAUCUUUUUAGCUCGUCAAACAAUCCCUGGGCUUAAUAUUGUUGUGGACCCAUGUGCGGCAAUAUUAGUUUGCAUAGUCACUGGGCUUCUAUGUGUGGGAAUCAAGGAGAGUACAAUGGCACAAGGAUUUAUCACAAUGGCCAAUAUAUGUGCCAUGGUUUUUGUAAUUGUUGUUGGUGGAUAUCUGGGCUUCAAAACUGGAUGGCCUGGUUAUGACCUUCCUGUUGGGUAUUUUCCCUUUGGGGUUAAUGGAGUGCUGGCUGGGGCUUCAACCGUAUUCUUUUCAUACAUUGGUUUCGAUACAGUCGCUAGUACUUCUGAGGAGGUGAAGAAUCCUCAGCGCGACUUGCCAUUGGGGAUCGGCCUCGCAUUGUUUAUAUGCUGCAUGUUAUAUAUGUUAGUCUCUGCUGUUAUUGUAGGUUUGGUCCCUUAUUACGCUAUGGAUCCUGAUACCCCAAUCUCCACUGCAUUUGGGAGCUAUGGUAUUGAAUGGGCAGUAUAUAUAAUAACUACUGGAGCCUGUACUGCUCUUUGCUCUACACUGUUGGGUUCCCUCUUACCUCAGCCACGGAUACUUAUGGCUAUGGCUAGGGAUGGGUUGUUGCCAUCAUUUUUUUCAGAUGUUAACAAACAUACUCAAGUUCCAGUCAAGAGCACUCUAGUGACUGGUUUACUUUCUGGAGCCUUAGCAUUCUUCAUGAAUGUUGAUCAGUUAGCUGGAAUGGUUAGUGUCGGUACACUUCUUGCAUUCACUGUGGUGGCAAUUUCUGUGCUCAUACUGCGGUAUGUUCCACCAGAUGAGGUGCCCCUUCCACCUUCUUUUCAGGAGGCAAUAGAUGCAGUAACUAUCCGCUAUAGUGGCAGUGAAGAUAAUGUAGAUAUUACCAAAACUGCUACUGUGACCAUGGAUAGUGACCUUCCAUUGUUGGUCAAGGCACCUGUUUGGCAUCCUCUUCCAGAGAAAGCAGCAGCUCAGUUCAGCUGUUUAGUAAGUGAAAGGCGGAAAGUUGCUGGAUGGGCUAUCGUAUUUACCUGUAUUGGAGUGCUUGUACUUGCUUCUGCUGCUUCGAGUGUUGGCCUGCCAAAUUCUCCGAGGUUCAUACUUUGUGGACUUGGUGGAUUCCUUGUGCUAUCUGGUUUAUUGGUGCUGACUUCCAUACACCAAGAUGAUGCAAGGCACAACUUUGGACAUUCAGGAGGCUUUGUUUGCCCAUUUGUUCCCGUCUUGCCAAUCGCCUGCAUUCUCAUCAAUGUCUACCUGUUAAUAAAUCUUGGUGGUGCAACUUGGGGCCGUGUAUCUGUAUGGUUGGUAAUAGGAAUGAUUGUUUAUAUUUUGUACGGACGAAGGCACAGCAAACUGCAAGAUGCAGUUUAUGUACCUGCAGCACAUGUAGAUGAAAUUUACAGGAAUUCUAAUCAUUUCUCUCUGCCAUAGUUCUCUCUCCUGUGCAACUGAAAAUCCAAGUUUUCAAUUGUACACAGCAACGUAGAAGUAGACGUAGACGCGUUGGUGUUUCAGAUCAGUUGAUGAAAUAUAUAUAUAAUGCCUCAGCUCAGUUCUCUUGUAAUAACUGGUUGGUUGGUUGUAUAGCUAUAGCAUGUGUUCAUAGUUUACAGGGAAGAAUGAAGAUGCCCAGAAAAACAAGGGAAUGAGAUUUCUAUUACCAUAUUUA